AUGAGUUCCACCUCCAGCGAGCCGGGCAACGGGGACUCUGCUGAGCGGUCCCAGCUGGGGCUGGACACGGUGAUCAAGAGGCUGGAGGACACCAUCCUGAGCCCCGCGGCCAGCAGAGAAGACCGCGCGCUGACUGUGCGUGGGGGACGCUGGCGGGCCUCCCCCACCCCCGUGCCUGCCCGCAUCCGUGAGAUUGUGGCCGGCAGUCUGGCCGAGAGGCCUCCCCAAGGGCUGUGUGAGCCCCCGGCCGCCCCGGGCCCUGGGCCGGAAGAGCACGCGCCCCUGCAGGAUGAGCUGUCCCGGCUGGAGGGCCUGCUGGCCCAGGCAGGCGCCGAGCAGGAUGAGCUGGCUGGCAGGUACCACGUAGUCAGCAAACGGCUGCAGGCCCGGCUGGAGGCCACCAAGGCCCAGCUGCAGAGGUCGGAGCUGGAGCGCAGCGUGGACCUGGAGGAGGCCCUGGGCCGUCUGGAGGCGGCCGAGCAGAGGAGCACCGGCCUCUCCCAGGUGAACGCCCUCCUGCGGGAACAGCUGGAGCACAUGCGGAAGGCCAAUGACAGGCUGGCCGAGGAGCUGGCCAGGACGACGGGCAGCAUGCUCCGUCUGCGGGCCGAGCUGGAGCUGCGGGAGGCACAGCACCGGACCCACAGAGAGGCCAGGCACACCCACUCGGGACGGCCCCAGGACGCCCUCCUGCAGAGGCAGGUCACUGCGCUCCGGGGACACCUGGCCGAGCUGCGUGCAGCCACCGAGAGGGGCCUCGCUGACCUGCGGGCGGACGUGGCCAGGAUGGCCCGGCGCCUGCACAUGGCCUGCCUGAACCUCGGCUCCAACCUGCGGCUGAUGGCCGGCAGCGCGGCUGCUGCCCUGGAGCAGCAGCUGCGGGACAAGGCGCGGGAGACGCUGCAGCUGCAGGGCCGCUCGGCCGCGGAGGAGGCGGCGCUCCAGGCCAGACUCUCAGAGCAGACGCUGCUGGUAGAGAAGCUCACCGAGCAAAACGCGAGCGAGAGAGCCAUCUCUUCCCUGAGAACCGACGUGCAGAGACUGGAGUCCCAGCACAGUAGCGGAGGCCCGGCAGCCCCAGGGGACUCGAGAGCGGAGGUGGAGACCCUGCGGCUCCUCUUGGACAGCAUCACACAGGUGGCCCAGGCAGAUGCGGGGAGCGAGGAGCUGGUGAAGAGCAGCGGUGCUGAAGGCGAGGGAGUGCAGGGCCAACGGAGGAGCCCCCCUCAUGCUGGGUCCCCCCUGACGGCUGAGUCCUUGCCCCCAGCCCGCUCCCCGGUCACCCUGGACUCAGCACUGUGGGCCGUGCGGGCGGCUAUUCAGAGGCGGCGGCAGAGGGAGCAGGAGCUGCACCAGCAGCUGGAGUCGGCCAAGGUGAGGGCCGCGGGGCUCCAGGAGCAGCUGUCUGAGAGCCAGAGGGAGCUGCAGGCCUCAAGAAGCCUCCUGCAGGAGGAGCGCCAGGACCUCCUGGGCAAGCUGGAGGCACAGAGCCGGGAGGCGCAAUGGAGCCGUGUGACCAGCGAGCUCCUGGGGAGAGAGAAGGCGGCUCUCGAGGAGGCGGUUGAGGCGCUGAGGGGGGAGGCAGCUGUGUCCCAUGCUGAGAAGCAAAGCCUGGAGGCCAGGAACAUGGAGCUGCAGAGGAGCCUCCAGAGGUGUGCGGAGCAGAAGGAGGUGCUGGAGCAGCAGGGCGAGCGCAGCCGAAAGGCGCUGGAGAGCAGUCAAGGGCGCCUGGAGCAGCUGGAGGGGACCGUCUCGGGGCUCAAGACGGAGCUGGUGUCGGCCCAGGAGGCGCUGGACUCAGCACAGCUGCAGAGGGACAUCCUGGAGAGUGAGAGGGCGGGUCUGCACGGCGCCCUGGCCCGGGCCGAGGCCAGCAAAGCUGACCUGGAGCUGCUCGUGAGCCGGCUCAAGGCAGAGGGGGUGGAGCAGAGGGGCUCCCUGGCCAAGAUGGCCGCUGUGACGGAGGCGCUGGCUCAGGACAAAGGCUCCCUGAACCACCUGGUCCUGCAGCUGGAGCAGGAGCGGGACGAGCUGCGGGCGCAGCAGCAGAUGCUGGCCCAGGGGCAGGCCGGCGCCCGGGAGCAGCUGGCGCAGGCCGAGUGGCAGGUGGAGCUCCUGCGGGCUGAAAGGAGGGGCCUGCAGCGGGCCUGCGGGCGGCUGGAGGAGCGGCUGGAGCGGCUGGAGGGUCAGGCGGCCCGACUCCAGCGAGAACGGGCCCAGUUGCAGGCUCAGGUGGGCCAGGUCACAUGCAAGAAGCAGGCCCUGGAGAAGCAGCUGGCCCAGCGCCUGCAGGACCAGGAGGCCCAGAUGGCCGCUCUCCAGAGGGCCCUGCAGGAGAAGGAGGCUUUGUCUGAAGAGCGAGUCCAGCUGCUGGCCAAGCAGGAAGCCCUGGAGAAGCAAGGUCAGCUCAUGGCCGAGGAGGCAGCCGAUCUCAGGGCCGAGAGGGACGCCCUGGAGAGCAGCCUCUUUGAGGCCCAACAGCUGGCAACGCAGCUGCAGGCACAGCAGGAGCAGCUGGAGGGAGAGGCCCGGAGCGCACGGCUGGCCCGGCAGACCCUGCAAGGGGAACUGGAGCAGCUACAGAGCACCUGGGAGGCUCAGGAGACGAGGCUGCGGCAGCAGGUGGCGCAACGGGAGCGGGAUGUGCAGCUGGCCCUGGAGAGCCGGGCACUGGCCCACCGCGAGGACCUCACGCGGCUCCAGAGGGAGAAGGAGACCCUGAGUCUGUCUCUGAUGGAAGAAAAGGAAGCAGCGGCAUGCCGGCUGAAACGGGAGAAGGAGCUAGUGGCGAAGAAUGCAACCAGGAGGGAGGCGCUGAAGGAGGAAAUUCAGAGCCUAAGGCGUGAGCGAGACGAGCGUCUCCUUCAGCUGGAGAAUGAGAAGCAGCAGGCCCUGCUUGUGCGGGACGCGGAGCUGAGCCGGCUGCGGGGGGAGCUGCAGCUGGUGCGGCAGGAGGCCCAGGGCCAGCAGGAACGAGCCGAGGCCACCGUCAGCACCGUGACCGCAGAGCUGAAGGCCCUGCAGGCCCAGUUUGAAGACUCCAUCUCUGCCCACCAGACGGAGGCCAGGGUCCUGCGAGAGACACUCCGGGCGCAGGUGGCCCAGCGGAGCAGUGCGGGGAGAGAGGCCGAGACUCUGCGGGUGCAACUGGAUGAGGCCCGCGAGGUGCUGGCUGCGCUGCGCCGGGAGCUGCAGGGCAGUGAGGAGGCCCGGGAGGGGUUGCAAAGGGAGGCCCAGGAUGCCCACCGGGCGCUGGCCGACGCAGCCCGCGAGAAGGACGCGCUGCGGGAUUCCAACACCGAGCUGCGGGCCGCCAUCCGCUGGGCCGAGCAGGAGAAGGCCAGCUUCAAGCGCUCCAUGGAGGAGAGGGAGCAGAAGGUCCUGGUCCUGGAGAAGGCCUGGGCAGCAGCCCAGAAGCAGGCAGGCGAGCUUCGGACCGGCCUGAGGGAGGCGGAGCGGGCGGCUGUGGACACCCAGCGGCAGCUCCAGAAGCUACGCAGACAGGUGACGACGCUGGAGACAGAGAACCAGAGAAAGAGCCGGGAGCUGAUGCGGCUGCAGACGCGGGGCGCCCAGGAGCCAAGCUGGCAGGAGGCCCUGGCGCUGCAGAGGCUGGUGGCCGAGGCGGAGGCCGCCCAUGAGGACUCGCAGAUGGAGGUCCGGAGGCUGCGGCGGACGCUGGCGGAGGUGGAGGUCCGGGCCGAGACCCGGGAGAAGCAGCUGGAGAGGCAGCUCUGCGAGAGCCGGGGGUCUGAGCGGACCCUCCGGGCGGAGCUGCGCAGAGUCACCCGCAAGCUGCAGCAGGCAGACAGCGCGGCCAACAGCCUUCAGCCUGGCCCAGACGGGGCCUGCCGCAGGACCCACGGCCUCGAGCAGGAGCUGGCCCAGGCCGAGGGCGCCAGGCGGGAGGCGGAGGGCCAGCGGGGCCGGCUGUCCUCUCCUGAGCCGCCCGGCCCCCCCACCAGAGGUGGCCGGCCGGAGGGAGCCGCUGGACCGGGAUGUGCGGUGGCGGCGAGCCUGCCUCCGCCAGGCCUUCCGGGCCAAGAAGUGAAGCCGGCUCCCAAGCCCAGGUGGCCGGGCUGCUCCAGCCCCAACCAGCAGGCAGCAGAACCACUGCUCAGCAGGGCCGCGAGCUCAAGGGACGCCCUGGAGUCAGCAGCGCCCUCUGACCCUUGA